AUUUAUGUUUGGGAUAUAAGUGUAUAACAAUUUAGGAUGAACUGAUGAUAUAAACCGAUUGACGCGGUCACGGACAUCAGUAGUGAGGCUAUUAUCUUUUGCCUUGAAGGAUUAAGAUCAGACCGUAAGAGAAGGUGUUGACGUCAUUGACACAAGAUGAUACUUCCGGUAAUUGUGAUCACCAUAGCAACAACAGUAGCAUCCAAGACUUUCGGGAAAACAUCGCUGAACGAGAGUUCGUUAGCAGCUUCAACGCUCGUGAAAGAUGACUUUGUGAAGAAUUCUGAAGACAGCAUAUCAAUCCCUGAUGUAGAGCAGGAAAAUAUCUGUAAGAGAGUUGUCUUAUUUAAUACCACAAGAUUGAUAACAUUCAGGGUAGACAGAUGGCAGAAGUGUAGUCUUUCAACGAAGAACUGUAGCGAAGGUGGAUUUGAGUGGAUAAGGUCGACGGGCUACAGGAGCUUGACCCAGACACAGAGGUUGUCGGAACUUGUUUGUUGUGAAGGGUACAAGAACGAGAGUGGGAAGUGUGUCAAAGAUCUUUCCAGUCCUACAGUUAACGAAACUUCUGGUAUGACAGAAGGGGAGAUAAUUGAUAAUACAACGGUAUUGAUAAUCGUACUUCCGGUGGUGGGCGCUGUUAUUGUGCUGGUCAUCUUCGCUGUCGUCAUCUACAAAAUAAAACAUUCCAAUAAAAGACCGAGUUACAGACCCUCCUAUGCACAUGAUAAUCCAGUAUAUGACAGCUCGGUUGGACAAUCAAACGUCAUUGUAAACAACACGUGCCCGAAUAACGAACUGACGAACUGUGCCGCUGGUGCCGAGGCAAACAUUUACGAAAAACUGUAAAUGAAUAGACAUGUAUUUGUUGACGUACUCAGUGCAAAGAUAUAUGGCAAACUAGAUUAAGUAAAUAGACAAACCAGCAUCUGCAGGGAAACAUACAACAGUCAAUUACCAAGUGGUACAAGCUCGGUUUAGGAAGGAUGUCAUCUUCAGUUUGUUUAUGAAACGACGAAAUAUGUCUUUUGUUUUCUUUCGAACCAAUUCAAAAAAAUAAUCUUGUAUUAAGGUGAAGACAACAACUACAAGAGGCCUCCCAUGUAAGCAGUCGGAAUCAGAAAGAGUUUUUACGCGAUCUUACUGGAUACUGUACAUGGUGAUGGAGUACCAACUCCGAUAACAAGUUGGUAUAUUCGCUGAAAAUGGAGAAACGGGAUGCCGUGUGACGUUUUAAUUCAGAUUUCAAAAUAUGUCUUACUUUCCAAAAAUAGGACACAGUGGGAUAUGUGAACUUCUUCUUAUUCAUGACGGUAAUUACUACUGAUGUCAAAUUGUCGAGGAUUCAAAAUCCUUUUUAAUAAGUCGUGAGUUUGAAAACAGUAUAACACCCACGCCAAAUUGGCAAUGCAGUAAAAUUGCGACAAAUUCGUCCUUGGAAUCUGCUUUGUGUUAUGAAUAUGUUAUCCUCAGUGACUCUGUCAGAGGCGGAGUUCUAUUACGAAUUAUGAACGGUCAAGUCAAGCUUUCAGAGAAAUAUGUGUGACGAAUAUAAUGCUUCGUGGAAGACUCUGACAGAUAACAGAGGAAAGUGAAGUAGUGUACGUGUAAAAUGUCACGUAGCUGUAAUGACCGAUACUUGAUCUUAUAUAAGUGGAAAAUAAAAAAAGUAGUUUGACUUGUUAAAUUUCCAUUAUUUUACAACCAUUACGAAACAGUUAUAUCAACUUAUAUUAAUCACUCGCGUUGGCCUUGAUUGAAACGUGCAGGGGUCUUACUGUGGGAGGAAACCGGAGUACACGGAGAAACCCACGUGAUCGGGCAGAUGACCCCAUACCUGUUCACAUCCAAUCGGGAAUCUAACCCCGGUCGCCUAGGUAAACGGCGAGUGUGUUACCAUUGCGUCCCCCGAUCAUCUCACAACUUCGCUAUCCAAGGGUGUUCAAUACGAUACUCUCCUUUUCAGAGAUUAUCGUAUUGAACACCCUUGGAUAGCGAAGUUGGCCAUCUCAUUAGGAGCGGAAAUGACUAUUUCGGGGUAAAAAAUCUUGGCGGUGUUGGCCUUCAGACGUACCAAUGUAAUCAUGAAAAUAAAACUCCAUACAAUGA